GCAGAGGAUGCAUGGAUCAGGCGCAAAACGGGUUUCACCGUUUCAUCAGUCACGUUUCGAAUCUUUGCCAUCACGCACGGCAAAACUUUGCGUCAUCAAAGAUCCAAGAUGUUUUUCUCAUUUCUCGCCUUCGCUUCCCAUGCAACGGCGUAAGAUUGCCAUUUGACAUCGGAGUUCAUGAUGCCAUCUCCUGUUCUUUACAUCGUUUCAGAAGUUUGAGGACUACUAGUUGCUCUCAUCAUCACAAAAUAGAGCCAAAGAAACCGAGAUAGUCCAGAUAAUAUCAUCCAUUCUGCCAAAGAAGUUUUGAACUCCAGCAGAAUUUCACUCUGCCACACCGUCGCCAGUCUACUGGAGCCAAUAUGUUUCGUCUAGUCUCCAUUUCGUUCAAGAAGGAUCGCCAGAAGAUCCUGUGGGCGGCUGGGACGGUGGGAGGUUUCGGUACCCUUCUUCUGGCCCAAAAGACACGGUUGGAACCAGCUAAGAAGACACAAACGGCAAUCAUGCCAUCACCCCGCCGACUUCCCACGCGACAAGAACAGUUACAACGUCUCUCCAGCGGCAAACAAUUCGAUGUUUUGGUAGUGGGAGGUGGGGCUACCGGAUGUGGAGUGGCAUUGGAUGCCCAAAUGCGAAGCUUGGAGACCGCAUUGAUUGAACGAGGGGAUUUCUCCUCGGAAACUUCGUCCAAAUCGACCAAAUUGAUUUGGGCAGGAAUCAAGUACUUGGCCACGGCGGCGGCGCAGCUCUUGCAAUGGCAAACCUUGAUGCAUCCCAUAGAAUCCGUCAAAGCGUUCUCGGGUGAAUUCAAAAUGGUGCUGGGAGCGCACAAGGAACGUCGCAUCUUAGUAGAAAACAAUCCACACUUGACCAACUGGGUACCCAUUGCAGUGCCCAUGAAAAAUUGGAUUGUGUGGCCACCACCCUUUGACCAUCCAUUGUUUUGUACAGUGCCAAUUGUGUUUCCUGGUGUCAUGAAGUUUUACGACGGCCUGUCGGGUUUCUCCUGUCCUCCGUCACAUCUCAUGUUUAAGCAACGAGCCAGACGCAAAUUUCCACAGCUCGACGACGAUGUCAAGUAUGUUCAGAUUUUUUACGAGGCCCAACACAACGAUUGUCGCACGGCUACGUGUAUUGCACUCACUGCAGCCGAGGAAAAUGCCUGUGUCACAAACUAUACCGAGAUGGUGGGUAUACUCAAGGACGAACAAGGCAAGGCAGUGGGCAUUCGCUGUCGCGACAAUAUUGCGGGAAAGGAAUUUGACGUCCAGGCCAAGUCCAUCAUUUUUGCGGGAGGGCCCUUCACGGACGAAAUGAGAAAGCUCGAAGAACCCAAGUGUCAACCCGCUGUCAAUGCUGCUGCAGGGACACAUAUCGUGCUACCAGGGUAUUAUUCCCCUGAUGGUAUUGGGCUCCUGGACAUCAAUACAUCGGAUGGAAGAUUCUUGUUUUUCCUGCCAUGGCUUGGACAUACUCUGGUCGGAACGACCGAUCGAAAGGGGCCUGCUGUCAGUGAUCCAGGACCUCCUGAAGUCGAGAUCCGAUGGCUGUUAGAAGAAGCAAAGAAAUAUUUGGCUGACGAUUUGAAAGUGCGACGGGCGGAUGUAUUGUCGGCCUGGCAAGGCUUUCGACCUCUUGCUAGCGACCCACAUGCGCCCCCCGGUGCACCUGUUUCAAGAGACCAUGUCAUUUCCGUCAACCCAGAGACGGAGAUCACGUUCAUCACGGGAGGAAAGUGGGUAACAUAUCGAGAAAUGGCAGAAGAUGUCGUUGAUCGCGUCGUGAAGUUGAAGGGUUUGGAGGCUGGGCCCUGCCGAUCAGAGACGCGACCCUUGUAUGGAGGUGUGGGGUAUACGAAGAAUCUGCCGAUUCAGCUUGUACAACAGUUUGGAGUCUCCGAAACAACCGCGAAACAUUUGGCUAGCACGUACGGUACCCAUGCUUUCGAUGUUUGCAAAUUGACCAAGCCCAGUGGGAAGCGGUGGCCCCGUUUUGGCAGACUCCUUAUUGAGGGAUACCCCUACUUGGAUGUGGAAGUGGAAUAUGCCUGCAAGCACGAAAUGGCUUGUACAGUGACAGAUAUGCUCACGCUUCGCACACGCCUAGCCUACUUGAAUUCAGAAGCAGCCAUGGAAGUUGCACCAAAAGUCGCAGAUCUCAUGGCCAAAGCAUUGGGAUGGGGUCGCGCCGAGAAGAGGCGACAACUUGAGGCGGCUCAGAAAGCCAUCGCAUGUUUUGGUGGUCCUAGGCCUCAUGUCAGCAAAUCAGCAAACAGCUUGACAACUGGCACUGGUUCGGUGUCCGACAUUGUGUCUUUGUGGGAACGCUUGGAUCGGGACAAGAAAGGUUAUCUAGACCUGGAGGAUUUAAAGUUCACGGCCAAGAGAUUGGGCGCACCAUUUCAGAGCGACUGGGAAGCUGCCAGGACCUUCAAGAGAAUGGAUGCGGACCGCAAUGGCCUUGUCGCAGAAGAGGAGUUCGUGCACUGGUGGCACAAUGUUGACAGGAAAGAUUCCUUUCGAAAGGCACUCGACAAUCAAUUCCCAUUGAGCCCAAGCCAAUAGGGUUCGUUGCCGUUGCUGACUUGAUACCGCACCGGCACCCACCACACGGGACUACACUGUGUAGUCCACGUGACGGUCCUUCCUUUGACCAUCCCUAGCUAGAUUAUGAAUUUUAAAUGGCAACUAAUACUGUUCAUGCUCAACACUGCGCAAAGCAAUGCCAGAGUGCUGCAAGGUGCGGUUGGGAGGGCCAACCGAAGCUUAACUUUCCAU